GACACGCUUAGACAGACACAGAGACAGACACACAGACAGACAGCUGACAGUCGCACCCUCCCCUCCUGGGACAGCAGCGGUGUGAGGUGGUGAGGUUGCCCGGCUGUGUGCUCGGGCCAUGCGGGGUCAGCGGGAUGGAGGAAAAGCCCAGAGUGUCUCCGUUCAAGAACUUCGUGGCUGGGGGUGUCGGAGGAGCGUGUCUGCUGCUGGCCGGACACCCACUGGACACCAUCAAGGUGAGACUACAAACACAGCCUAAAGCCGCUCAGUAUGUGCUCUACACAGGAACGUAUGACUGCUUACGCAAGACCGUAUCCAAAGAGGGCAUCCUUGGUCUCUAUAAAGGUAUGGGGGCACCCCUGGCAGGUGUGGCUCCUAUGAUGGCCAUCAGUUUCUUUGGGUUUGGUCUUGGAAAACAGCUCCAACAGAAGGCUUCUGGAAAACCGCUCACGUACCAUCAGAUAUUCCUGUCCGGUUGUCUGGCAGGAGUGUUCACUACAGUGAUAGUAGCUCCAGGAGAGAGGAUCAAAUGUUUGCUACAGGUGCAGUCGAGCGGUGGAAGGUCCAAGUACGCAGGUCCACUGGACUGUGCGCUCAGGCUCUAUAAGGAGCAGGGGAUCCGCAGCGUCUACAAAGGAACUGUGCUCACUCUCAUCAGAGACGUGCCUUCUAGCGGUCUGUACUUCCUCACGUAUGAAUAUCUCAAGGACUUCCUGACCCCUGAGGGUCAAAGUGUGUCUCAGCUCAGCACUCCCAGAAUCCUCCUGGCUGGUGGUGUAGCCGGAAUAUUAAACUGGGUGAUUGCUCUUCCUCCAGACGUGCUCAAGUCCAACUUCCAGACAGCUGCAGAUGGGAAGUACAGAGGUCUGGUUGACGUCCUGCGAGCACUGCUUCGAGAAGAAGGACCUAAAGCUCUCUACAAGGGCUUCAAUGCAGUUUUCCUGCGAGCCUUCCCAGCCAACGCUGCUUGUUUUCUGGGAUUUGAGGUGGCUUUAAAGGGCCUGAACCUGCUUGCACCGAGCUGGUGAAAGACGACGACGCAGUAACUGGAGAUUUUCUCCCUCAAACAGUGUUGGUGAAAUAAAUCUAAAGUGUACUUUUAAACUUUUAAAAAUAUCUUUUUCAAAACGUGGUGUCUGUCAUUGUUCCUGAGAUUGGGAGCAGUAGAAACAUGUACAAUUUGAGAGACAGCAUCCUGUCUAUAUUGUGUACUUUGGAGAACAUUGAGCUCUUUCCUCACUCUUUAAUAAUUUGCAGACUGUUUGUAAUGUUUGUAAAAUAUUAGAUAAACACUUGAGUUUUACUUAGAUAAACAUGGUUUUGUAACAAUGUAUCAGCUCUGCCAAACAUGGAGUUGUUCUGGUAGAAAUCAUAGACUCUGUGUGUGAGAUGGACGUAGCCACCAAUGAGCAUCCUCCUCCUUUCACAACCCUAAUAUUGUAACUGAAUGUAACGAGCUGAGGCACUGCGGGUCACUGACAGCGACUUGUCAAUCACAAGGUAGACCCGCUUAAAUCUUCCCCUGUUUCCUGGACCACUCUGGCUGAUGGGACCAUAAUUUCCAAGAUAAACACCAUCUUUUAUUUAAUAAAAGUUGAAAAUAGCAAAUGAGACCAGAAAGUCAUCAGCAAAGUGUUUACUGUCCUCAAAGAUCGAUGCAGUCAGCACAGGCUUCUUUUUGCCCCCUGCUGGACAUUAGAGAGAAUGCAGUUUUAAUAUCCUUAUGACCCUAUGUUCAUGGAGUGAAUAGGUGUGUAUGGGCAGAUUAUCUUUUAUUAGUUUUAUUCAAACUGUUUGAAUAAAGUCUUCAGUUUGCUGUAUAAAUAGUCACUGUUUACCCCAAUGCUGCAUCCCUAACAUGACAAAUUGGACCGCUGCAUAUGAAAGUUUCAGUAUGUUUGUGAAGGUUCUCAGUCAUCCAGGUCAUUGUAUUCUAAGGAGCUUAGAAAGAAAAGCGUCUUCUUUAAGUUGCUUGAAGACGUUUCAUCUCUCAUCCGAGAAGCUUCUUCAGUUCUAGGGUCAAAUGGUGGAGAGUCCCAGAUUUAAACCCUGUGGGAGUGUCCCCCCAAAGAGGGACAAAAGGACCCCCUGAUGAUCCGGGUGUAGGUCGCAAUCAGUCAAAGUUUCGGGUGAGCUCAUUGUGAAACCUGGCCCCACCCUAUCAUGUGAUUUCCUGAGGUCAGAUGGCCCAGGUUGUGAGUGGGUGUUAAGGCGUCUGGGAAGGAUCUCAAAACUGAAAGUUUCAGCAGAUCUUCAGGUCCUGUUGUUUACAAGUUCCAGACCUUUUCUUCUUCUUUUUCACAGCAGAUCAUCUGCCUUCAUCUCCUCUGCCUUUGCAUCCUCUUCUGUCACACCAACUCUCUGCCUGUCCUCCUUCACUACAUUCAUGAAUUGUCCUUCUCUCUCACUGCUUCCAAACAUGCAGAGUAGUAGCAGAGUUUCCACUAGUAUCCAGCUGCUCAUAUGCACCAGUGCAGUCAUAGUAAUUUUACGUGUGUCCAGUAUCCUGGUAUGUACCCUGGAAUGUGAAGCACAUGCUAUUUAUUAGAGAGAAUAAUACAGUGUGAAUGCUACACAGGCACAACUAAGCUCCCAAACAGACAUUGCUGGAUGGUGAUGAGAUACUAGCAUCAGUAUUUCUUCAAUGUAAGUGUUUAAAUAGAUGAUGUCACUUUGCUAGACAUGGUAUUGUUUUAAAUGGGCCACUGGCCCCACUGCAGGGACAUUUGUACAUGAAGGCUUUGAAGAGAUCAUGUUGCCUCUGCGUGACCUGAACAGGAGUUGAGACCAAACAAAUACACAGCAGAAAUUAUGCAAAUACUGUUGCCAUGAUGGAGCAGAAGAGGUUUUUUUUCUUUAUGGUCAUUUUAAAUAACAAGCAAAACAGAUGAUAAUGAUGAGACCAAAAAUGUUUGUAUGAAAUCUAAAGAUUGCAUUGAACAAAAUUAAUUCA